ACACCACCAGGUAGUAGGCACUCUCGUUUCCGCGAUUCUCCCGGAGUUUCCUCAGAUCAUCAUAGUAGGCACAUUGAGGCAGAAUAGAGCGCGGAGCCGUUUUCGGUUCCAAUUCAGUUCCAGAUUCGCUCUCCCGUGACGUCGUCGUUCGUCACCGUCGCAUACUUCGUCGCGCGCGCGUUUGAAUAUUGCUCUCAUACGCCUCAGUUGCCUCGCGCGCGUCGUCGUCGUCGAUCCCAUGUGGAGUAGCUUAACUGUGGUAUACCUCAGUAAAUAUAAAAAAAACCGUGUCGUGUGUUUUGUAAUUUGCAUAUUUUGCUCAAUCGAGGAGGAAUCCGUUCCCGUUGCCUCCCCUCCGAUACCCCGCGUAUGUGUGCUUGAUGUGUGACGAAAGGGGCAGCUUGCUAUAGUUACGAGUUGAGGUAAACAAGUUAGGUUCCUUUAUUUUAGACGCGAAGAACGAAGAAAUGGAUGGAGCACCUUCCAGACAACUAGGUUCUUUCAUUUGAUGAGAAAAAAAAAUCUGCAGUGUAUUUAUUUUUUGGCGAGCGAAUCUCAAACAGAGCGACCACCAAUUAGUGUCUCCCAUCAUUUCGUUUGACAAGAUUGUACCGAAAUGUAAAUUUUAUGAGUGAAUGACCAGUAAAACGACCCCGCAAAGAGUAGCGGGAAAUUGUGCUAAAGAAGUGCGACGAAAACAACGACGAAAAUGAGCAGCAUUGUAACAGCAGUAGCCUGUAUGGCACCACGGUGGCUGAUGUGAUGAUACUUGUGCGUGCGUGACCGCAACCAACAAGAAAUAUCGCGAAAGCAAAGUUGGUUAUGAUGAUAAUGGAAUGUGUUGUGUUUACGAAAAAAAAACGCGAAAUUUCUCGCUACUAGCGCAACGGUUCUAAUUUUGGGUUUUCAAAAUUCGAUUAGUGUGUAUCAGGAGUCACGCAAGGUGGGUCUUCGUGAAGGGCAAGUCAAUAACUGAAUACCGCAUUCUAGUUUAGAGCGGCGUGCGAAUGCAAUCAGCAGAGUUUUUGCAUCCAAUCAACCAACAUCAACACGAAUCGAGUCUGUUGCAGUCACAUGAAUGACAGGAAAUAGAUCUCUCCACGGUUCGCGAACGAGCAUCGUCAGUUUGUGGGAAGAAGCGCAAAUUCCGCACCCACAUAUAUAAAUAAAUAGCAAAUAUCACCAAAACGAAGACGAACGAGCCGCACGCACGAGUCACCGUUGGCCCUUCACACCCAAACACACGUAACGGAACCCCCGCCCUGCCAACCACACCACACCACCCGGAAUAAUGCUGAGGUGCUAUGGCAGCAAUCGCGCCCAGUAUCUACGCUGCCAUCGUGACCUGUCUGGGAUUUACGUGCUUCGCUCUGAGUGCCACCGCCGUCGGGCUGCCCGUGUGGGGCCGCUUCCGAAAUUUAGCUGGUUACGAAGACCAGGGCUACUUUGGACCGUGGAAAAUAUGCCGGCAGCUGUCGUAUAGCUAUCGCGAAAAAUGCGGUCCCGAGGUAUCCUACUUCAGACCAUCCCAUGCCAUCUACGUUGCCGGUUUGCUGGCGACGUUCGCCUGCAUCGCGUUCGGGCUCUAUUGCAUCCUGUGCAUACUGCAGAUCGCGAUGAUUUCGUCCCGCGAGAAGGUCGUCAUGCGAUACACUACUCUAGUCGUUCUGAAGCUACUGCUGGCGCUGGUGGGUGCAGUACUGGCACUGAUUGCGGUCAUCAUGUUCGGUGUGACGGCCGACAAUAGCCGCGGUCAGUUCUCGGUGACCCGCGGAGCUUCGUUCUACGUACAACUGACCGUGGUUGUGCUCGCAAUUUGUCUUGCCAUGUUGGCCGUGUAUGAUCUGAUUCUGGCACGUAAGCCCAGUGGAGAUCCAACGAUGCUACCGACGGUAUCCGGCCGCAGUGGGCGGUCCCCACCGACGACAGUGGUCAAUCCGGGCUACCGGGAUACGCCGCGGGGGAGAGGCAGUCGGGUUGGUAUUUCAGUAACGGAUUCAUCGGGUCGACCGUACACCGGUAGCAGUGCCACCGUCAGCGGAAGUGUCCAAUCGAUGAACACCACCGUGACGUCGGUGUCGGGUUCGACGGUCAGCACGGCGCGAACCCCGCUGCGAUCGAGUCUGAAGAAACCCCGACCGCCGGGCAGUGCCGACGGGCUGGGAAUCCAAAAUCCCGGCUAUUCCGGGUCGAACCAAUCUCCGCGACUUUCGCGCAACGGCAGUGUCAAGAAGGUCCGCAUCCAAACGCACGACACCGAAGUGUAGCAUAAGUAAGGGGCGCGAGUCUGACGCGCUGGUAGCAUUUUUCUCGAUCUAAGCUAAUCUCGGGUAAUUAUCCAGAUGUAGGAUAGAAUACGGUUUCCUUUUGUGUUUCAAUCGUAGCAACCUAGUACUAGAUGAAUGGAUUUCAUUGAUGAGUGGCGAUUUAUUGACGUGGCACUCAUCAAUAGCAACUUCAAGGUCAGUCCGUCCUUUGUAUUGUGGAUAUGAUCGUAGCUUCAUUUUAUAUUCAUAUUCAUAUACAAAUACAAACAUCCUCGAGUGCAAGUUUGUCGUAGAUCAUAACUAUUAGCUGCACCAAUUCACUAGCUCGUAAACAAAACACACUUCAUCAGAAGCUCUUUACGGCUGUCUCCAGUCUGCUGGUUGAAAGCAGCAUACCAGCUCCAAAAAAUUUAACAAAUGUACAAACUCACAUCACAACUAACUACAAAGAGAACAUAUUAUAUUAUUUAUAAAUAGUUAGACUAAAACGCAAGUCGAGGCUUGCUUUGAUCGAUUUUCGUUAUUUUAAUACGUUUCUGUUUGACCAUUGAAAAUUUUACGGCCUACUUUGAGAAGCGAACAUUAAAUGCGGAAAUUCUACUGUAGUAGGGCGCCAUCUGCUCAUGAUACUUUUCCGCUGUUUUGCUACAUAGAUACUUUCAGUUGUCACUUUUAUGGGCCUCCGUCCAAAAUUGGCUAUUUAAGAAACGGUUCCAAAGGAACAGACUUGUUCAGAGGUUUACUACGUUUUAUUUCUGUUAGCUGUUAGUAAUUUUUUGUUUUGUUUUUACACAUUAAUUUAAGUGAUUUUAUUGGUCAUGUUAAGUAAUUUUAUUCGAUUCGGAUUAGAUGUCAUUCUUAUUCAACAUUUCGGGUAGAAGCCAUCCAGGAAGCACUGGCGCAACACAAAUAUUGCAAUCCGUCCGCAGUUCUUGGAACGGAAUUUUAUAUACCUACUACUUCUAUAUAAAAAAAAACGCAUACCUAUUUAACUAUUCAUAUUCAGCAGACAAGUAUUUAUUACCGUAGUGAAUUUUAGCUUCGAAGUAAUCAGAUUUUCACCCUUCGCGCAGUGAAGUAACAUUUUCCGUCCAAAAAAAAAACUAAUCAACUUCUAAAACUGCGCCUACUAAAAACGGGAAAAUAUUGACAGCCGCCGGUAACGUUUGUUUUUACUGUGAACUGUGAUUAAUUGCUAAUAAAUCGGCAUUU